AUGGAUUUUUUUCGGAAAUUUCGUCAAAGUCUACUGGAAUGGAAUUUAUUUUUCCCCGAAGAAGAUGAAUAUGAUGAUGAUGAUGGUGACGAACACCUGAGUUUUCAUAUUGCAGAAGAUCAAUUACAACAUCAACGUAUAUCAACACGACUUUAUGUCUUAUUACUUAAUAGUAUAACAACCAUGAAAAGUAAAUUUUCUCUAAACAAAUUUUAUGCUAUUUUAGGUAUUCUAUUCAUUUUACUCGUCUUUACUUUAUUACAACAACAAACGAAAAUAAUCACAAUAAAUCAACCAUCAAUCGAAGUUUAUCGUCAAUUACAAUUCGAAUAUUCAGAUACAUUAAAUUGUCCAUGUUCUGCAUUAACCAUUUUAUACGAAACAUUUACAAACAUUCAAAUAACAUUUCAUCAGAUUUGUUCGAGUAUUUUUGUAACUGAACAAUGGAUUUCAAGUCUAUUUUUUUCACAAAACGGUUUAUAUUUACCAAUCGAUUUUCGCACAACGGGCAGUUCACAAUUCAAAUUACUGCGCAAUUUUUGCGAAUUCGCACAACUGACUACAUCAGAUAUGAUAUUCGAUAUAAAUAAAACUCAGUUAAUCUCUCCAAUACUUCUAUUAGAAAGUCAAUUAGAUAGUCAAAUCCAAAACACAGUUGAACUCAUAAAAUAUAAUUGGGCAAAGUUAUUCAUCAAUACUCUUCAAUUGAGUAUUUUAAACACACGUACAAAUAAAUUUAUGUCUGCAUUAAAUACAAAUUAUCUUAAUGCAGCUGUGAAUAAUGGUGCAAAUCGAUUACCAGGUUGGUAUAGAAAUUCAAUCAGUUGGUAUCUUUAUAAUAAUACUCGAACUACAAUAUGUGAUUGUGAUAAUGAUUAUUGUCAAUAUCCUGCGGGUUUUUAUCCAAUGAUAAACGAUCAUGAUGCAUUUUUGUACUGGUAUUUCAAACCACAAAAUUAUGAAAUUCUCGACGUUAUUGAAGGUUUUAUGAUUUCAUGUACAACAAUGGAAAGUUUGCUGGGAGGAACGUUGGAAUGUCUUUAUAGUUUGAAAUGUGUUGCAAUUUUGAAGAGAUAUUUUCCAAAACUCAAUCAAACAAUAUUUAACGAUGAUGUCCUCAAUAAAUCAUGGUUAACUAGAUAUUCUUUGAAUACCAAUAUUAAUUCUUUAUUAGAAGAAUUUUUUAUUGAAGAAUUCUCAUUUGAAAUUGAUUAUAAUCAAUAUUUUCAACGAUGUUCGCCAAAUAGUUGUACUUAUUCUUAUACAAAACGAGCUGAUUUUAUUUAUAUGAUCACAAUUCUUCUUGGUUUUUAUGGAAGUUUACAAACUGUUCUCAGAAAGAUUAUUCCUUUUCUUAUUAAAUGGGUUUUAAAACGAAAGCAACAUUCGGCAAAUCAAAAUAAUCACGAAAAAAAGUCUCUCCGACGAUUAUUAAUACUUUUAAAGACUUUAAAAACUCGAAUAUUCAAAUUGAAUUUAUUUAAAACAACUGAUCGUUCACCUGAACUAAUUCAACAACAACGAAUAACAACAAGAUUAUAUCUUGUUUUACUUAUCGGAUCUAUUUCCAUUCUUAUUUUAUUUAUAAUUCUUAAUAAACAAACAACAAUCUUCACCAAUUCAUUUCCUUCAUAUGAAAUGUAUCAAUAUUUAAAAUCAAAAUAUUCGAAUGAAAUAACUUGUUCAUGUUCGGAAUUUCAACAAAUUUCUUCGUUGUUUGUCACAUUAAUUCCUUCAUUUCAUUCGAUUUGUCUGAGUUCUUUUAUUGAAGAUGUCUGGAUUCGUCAAUUAAAAGCAAAUAAGAUGUAUGUAAUGCUCAGCAUCGAUUGGCGUGUUCUUUCGUUUAAUCUUUUUCAAACAUUACGAGAAUUAUGUGUUUAUGCAAACAAUAUGAUAAAUGAUGCUUUAAAUAAAUUUAAUCAAAGAACAUUGAUAAGUUUGAAUUUACUCGAUGAAAAUUAUCUUACCGAACAAGUUACUGAAAUAUCUAAUGAAUUCAUUCGUAGUUUAGAAAAUGAUUUUCGACUUCCAAUUGUCAUCAAUCUAUUAAAUAAUCAAAUUGAUCAAUAUUUUUCAGAAUCAGCAUCCAAUGGAGGAAUUAGUUUUAUAAAUACAACUGAAAAUGGAUCAUUUCAGGUGAAUAUUAUUAUUAACGGAAUAUCCAAUUCAGGUUAUUUAUGUUAUUGUACAUUUGAUCCUUCAUGUGAAUAUUCAAUGUUCGUCGGUAUUACUAUUCGAACAUUUAUACCUGGUUUUGUCUUACGUUGUUCAAUAAUUGAUUCACUCUUUCAUUCAUCGUUACAAUGUUUGUAUUCAAAUUCUUGUCUUAUCGAUAUUUUAUUUGUUUCUUUAAAUGAAACAAGUACAUAUGCUCAAUAUCUUCCACCAUUAUCAAAAGAAACAUUAUUUUAUUUUAAUGAAAAUUCCACAAUAAAUCAAUUAAUAGAAAAGAGUUUCAUAGAUCAUUGGAUAAUUAAUAUUUCUUACGAGAAAUAUUUUCAAGCGUGUCAUCCAAAUUUUUGUAGUUAUAAAUAUUUGCAUAGGAAUAGUCUUAGUUAUUCGAUUACAAUUGUUUUGUCUUUAUAUGGUGGAUUAUCAUUUGUUUUACAUUUUUUAACUCCAUUAAUCAUCAAAACGAUCAAAUCAUGUUGUUAUCAACGACGACAAAGACAAACAAAUAUCGAUGAAGAACGAACAUCGAUGAUUCGUUGUUUCCUGAAUUCUAUACAAAACUUUCUGAAAUCCAAAUUAUUAAAUUUAACAUUAUUUCGUACAUCAGAUUUCGGUACAAAUACAGAUCGUCAAACAGCAAAUUUACUCAAUCGUAUCGCAACACGAAUGUAUCUCUGUAGUUUAACUAUCAGUCUUAUAAUUCUUCUUUUAUAUAAUUUAAUCGAAGCAAGAUUGAUAACAGAAGUUCUUGAAAAUCCACCUUUAUCUGAUACAGAACAAUUAUUAAGUAAAUAUGUUGACACAGCAAUUUGUCGAUGUACACAAAUUUCUACUCCAUUAAAUCAAUUACUUCGAAUUCAUAUUAAUUUUCAUCAAAUUUGCUCAAGUACCUUCGUAAGCGAUCAAUGGCGAGAAGCAUUGACUCUUGGUGCUGCAAAUAUUCGAUAUAUGCUAAAUAAAUCUGAUUAUCGAUUUUACAUUUCUGCACAUUUACAAUUUCUUUCUGGCCUGUGCAAACAAUCAAUCACUCAAGCAAAUAAUUCGAUCAAUAAAUUUCUUUCGAAUUCUUUUAUAACCAGUUCACUUCUAUCAAAGUUUGAUUUUGAAAUCCAAAUAUCAAAUUUAUUCAAACAAACCAUCAGCAAUGCACCGAUCAAUUUCGUUCGUCUUUUAAAUUUAAUUCGAUCAGUGAACGAUGGAAAUGCAUUGAUGACUGUUUAUGGAAAUAAUUAUCAAUUUGUUGUCUCGGAACAACAACUAACAGCGUCUUACUCGAUAUUAACAACCAACUCGAUUGUAUAUAAUGAAACAGAACAAUGUGACUGUGGUUUUAAAUCAACAUGUGUUGUUCCUGCUCGAAUUCUAUUGAAUGAAUCUUUGGAAAUUAAAGGUUUUUAUAUGGGUUGUUUACCAAGUGAAACACUACUUAUAUCAACACUUGAAUGUUUUUAUGAUAUAAAUUGUAUAAAUCAUCUUCGAACAUAUUUACCUACGAAUUAUUAUAAAACAUAUGCGGAGCCGUUGAAUGUUGACAAUAGCAAAUUUGAAAUGAAUGAAACAAUUAAUAAUCUUCUCAAAGAACUAUUUGUCGAAGAAUGGAUCAUUUCAAAGAAUUAUCAAGCAUAUUUUCAUCAAUGUGCACCAAAUGUAUGUUCAUAUACAUAUGUGCAACGUAGUAAAUCAAUUGAUUCAUGUUUAAAUGAUGGGCAAACACUCUUAUUAAUAACAUUCGGCUGUGGUACGGAUGAUAAUUCAAAUGUAAUUCCACUGAAUUUUACUUUAACAAAAUCACAUUUUCAAUAUUCAAUAUCGUCAUCAAUAAAUUCACCAAUUAACCUAGUCAAUAAAAUUCUAAAUGAUCGACCAACAUGGCAUAUUAAUGCUUUGGAUCAUACAGAAAAUGAUCUAGAUGGAUAUAUGCUUUUAGUUAAUGGUAAUAAUAAUGAACUAUUUAAUUUAACCCUUUGA